AUGUUUUCGGAAAUCACUUUCAGCACAUGGAAUAUACAUGGGCUUAUCAACAAGGUCCUUGGUGAUAAAACUAAAAACAAGGAUUUUGUUGAAGCCAUUUCAAUUGAUUUUAUGUUUCUUACCGAAACAUGGAAUAACCAAGAUAUAAACAUACCCGGAUAUGAGACUAUUAACUCUAACUUGGCAAAACCCAAAUCCAAAUAUGCAUGCCGACAAUCAGGUGGCAUCAGCCUGAUAUUCAAAAAUAAAUUUAAAAACUUUGUUUCCAUUGUGAAAAAUACUAAAAAUUUUAUAUGGAGCAAAAUCUCCAAAGAAAUAUUAAGUAGUGAUACAGACCUGUAUGUCUGUGGCACAUACAUACCCCCUGAAAAGUCAAAAUAUUUUGACCCAGAAAUAUUUGAAGAAUUUGAAAAUGAUAUAAUCCAUUUUUCCUCGAAAGCAAAUGUCAUAGCUCUAGGUGACUUUAAUGCUAGAACCAGUAAACAAGAAGACUUUGUUUCAAAUGAAGGGAAUGAAUACAUUCCUGACACCAGUGAAAACUCAUUUUAUCUAAAAGACAGACAAAAUUUUGACACCUCAAUUAACAAUCAUGGCAAAAAACUAAUAGAAAUAUGCAAAACCUGCGACCUAAGAAUAUUAAAUGGUCGAACCCUUGGUGACUCACUAGGUCAGCCAACAUUUCAUGGAAAAAAUGGUAUAAGUACAAUUGACUAUAUAAUCUGUAACCAAAACCUUUUACAUAAUACCAAAUACCUCAUUGUCAAACCUCCCAACUAUCUUUCUGACCACAGUCAAGUUGUUGCUUGGUUUGAUCUACAACCAGUCAGCAAUCCCAAGACAAACAUAGAUAGUACAUGUACUGAACAACCCAAACUAGAACAAUUACCAUCACAAUAUAUAUGGGAUAAAGACUCUGAGGCUGCUUUCACUCAAGAGCUCAAAUCCAACAAAAUCCAAAACAAACUCAAUAACUUUUUAAAUAAUGAUUUCUCAGACGAGAAAGAUGGAAUGAACCAAUGUAUAAACGAAUUCCAAAACAUAAUACUUGAAGCAUCAAAAAAAUCUCUAAAAAUAAGAAAAACGAAACGCCGAUCCCAGAUCAAUAAUGUUGCAAACAAAAAAUGGUUUGACAAAAAUUGUAGAUUAAAAAGACACCAUCUAAGAAAACUAGCCAACCAAAAACACAGAAACCCAACUAAUACCGAAAUUAGAAACGAAUAUCACAUUGCCCUAAAAGACUACAAAAAUACUCUGCAGAUAAAGAAGAAUAAAUUCCACCAAGAUAAAAUUGAACAACUAGAAAAUGCUACAAACGAUCCUAUACUAUUCUGGAAAAUUCUUAAAAAUAGCACAGAUAAAAUUAAUCCCAAUGAAAGAUCGAAAACACCAUCACAGAGCCAAUGGCUGAACCACUUUCAAACACUUCAUUCGGAACACACUAUUACUGAAAAACAAGAAGAAACUAUAAAACUCUUGAAAGAAUCUGAAAGAUUUAAAGACCAAUUUAAUGACCUAGAUAAAACUAUUACUGAAAAAGAAUUACUCACCGCAACUAGAAAACUAAAAUCAAAGAAAGCUGUUUAUAGUGACAAAAUUAGAAAUGAAAUGAUAAAACUUAGCGCCAACAUAGCUCCACUAAGUUUCUUAAAGGUAUUUAAUAAAAUCUUAGAAUCUGGAAGAUUCUCUGAAACUUGGACGGAAGGUCUUAUAACUCCGAUCUACAAGUCAGGGAACUCCCUAGAUCCCAAUAAUUACCGAGGCAUAUGUGUCUCUAGCUGCAUGGGAAAACUAUUUUGCUCCAUCCUAAACACUAGACUAAUGGAUUUUGUAAAUGAAAAAAAACUGAUACAUCAAUCCCAAAUUGGUUUUAUUCCUGGAAAUCGAACUGCGGAUCACUCACUCACACUGAAAACUCUACACGACAAAUUUAUAAACCAAAACGAAAGCAAAAAAAUUUACGCAUGCUUCGUUGACUUUAAAAAGGCCUUUGACUCUGUAUGGCACCAAGGCCUGUUUUAUCAAUUAUUGCAGAACAAAAUAGGAGGACAUUUCUAUGAUCUUAUCACAGACAUGUACUCUAAUACUAAAUGUGCGAUCAAACUCUCAGAAAGCCGAACCCCCUUUUUCCCAUACAAAAAAGGUGUUCGCCAAGGAUGCACUUUAAGCCCAUUACUCUUUAAUAUCUACAUCAAUGAAAUACCGAAACUUUUCGAAAAAAUCGAAUCAGACCCUUUCAUGCUACCAAACGGAACCGAAUUAAAUAGUCUACUAUACGCAGAUGACCUAGUAAUACUCUCCCGAUCAAAAUCGGGUCUUCAAAAUUGCCUUGAUCAACUCCAUGAAUGGUGUGAAAAUUGGUUAUUGCAGAUAAAUACUAAAAAGACAAAGAUUAUGAUUUUUCAAAAACGUAACUCCAGCCAACCGACCAAGAUACAAUUUCACAUUGGAGACAAAAAAAUAGAUACAACUAAGGAAUACAAUUACCUUGGCCUCAAAAUAUCACAAAACGGAAAAUUCAAACUUGCUCAGCAACAACUGGGUGAAAAAGCUCUUCAUGCACUUUAUAAAAUCCGAAAAAACAUUGACUUUCGCAAACUAACACCAAAACUUGCAAUGAAGAUUUUUGACUCGAUCAUUUCCCCCAUAUUACUGUACAACUCGGAAAUUUGGGGUGCUUACGAAAAAAACGACUAUAAUAAAUGGGAGAACUCAGAAAUCGAAAGAGUUCAUCUAAGAUUCUGCAAGUUAUAUUUGGGUGUAAACAGAAAAGCAACAAAUGUGGCUUGCAGGGGAGAACUUGGUAAAUUCCCUCUCCUCUUAACAAUCAAGAAAAACAUAAUUAAUUAUUUUAAACAUAUCUACCAGCUACCCGAAAACUCAAUUGCGAAACAAAGCUUAAACAUAUCCAAAGAUCUUUAUACCAACCAUAAAGAAUCAUAUUACUCAAAAACAGUUAAUCUACUGAAACCUUACUACCCAAACGAAUUAAAUAUUGAACUAGCUAUCUUAAACUAUGACACUACGACAGUUGUAAACAAAAUGAAAGAAAAAUACAUCGAAUUCUGGAAACAUAAAAUAACGAACUCCUCAAAACUAACAUUUCUAUCCACUUUCAAAACCGAAUACAAAGUUGAACCAUACCUAUCCAUCAUCCGGUGGAAAAGUAGUAAUUUCGAGUGGUGUUGUUUCAAACGCUUAUAUCUCUCAAACUAUACAUCGCACGGAAACAGAAAUUGCACCGUUCGAAAGAGGAGGACUUCUGCUUUCCAACGAUACCAAUUUCAAUUUCAUCCGGAGCUUGGUUAACGAUUUACUCGCAUAAAUUUGCAUAAAUUAUGAUAUAAAAAAAUGUUGCAAUUAUGCAUAAAUGUAUUUAGCGGUUCAAAUUUCAAAUAUGUCAAAAAAUUUUAUGAAUAUGACUGAAAGACACGGUUAUGAUCUACAAGUACCCGAAGUUUCAUGCAUGUAGCAUAAAUAGAAAUAUUUUUAUUGAAUUUUUAUAUAAACUAGGUAGUGGAGUAAAAUUUACAUUUUGUGCUCACAUGAAACAAAUACCUUUAUCAAAGGUCCUUUUUUAUCGCUGCAACAUGUUAUCAAUACAAAUUUCCAAUAUUUCUUACUCUCCAAAGAUAGUAUGGCACCAAAAUAAGUCUGUGAUACCCACAAAAGAACACUCAAAUCAUGAUUAGCAAAAUGUCUUUAUUUCUACAAUUACUACAUACAUUCUUAGAUAAUCAUUACACCAUUGACUUUAGUUAUUAGUGUCAUAACCAGCCUCAAAAUUUGGUCAUGCUAUUCAAAUUUGAAAUAAUCACUACUCAUUUGUUUAGAAAUUGAUUGUUUUCACAAUCUAGAACAUGAAAUUAUUUGCAAAUAGCAUGACCAAGUGUUGUUGGACUGGCAUCAUCAUAAUUAGUAGUUAUAAAAAAGUAAUGUUUUCCAAGGCAGUAAUGUUUGCUAAAGCAGUAAUGUUUGGCAAAGCACAUAAUUGGAUUAUGUGGUGAAAAUAUUUCCUUUAUAUUGUACUACAAAAACCUAAGACUGUAACCAAACUGAUAUCAGAUCACCACGUCAUACCCAAAUCUGUUGCGAUGAAUAUCUGGACUUCUUCCUGUAUAAAUUUCAAAGUCGCAAUAUAACCAUUAGGAUUGUCUGCAGCAACCCACAGAUUUAUUCCCCACAUAAUAGGUCAUCUAGCUUUCAUGAACCGCCUAACCCCCAACCUAUUUCUUGAUUUGACAGUGUGUUUGUCUGCAACAACAAUAUUCUGUGACGGCUGGUACAGUUGUUGAUGCAGUUUAUUGCUGUAGUCUUUAGUACAGGAUCUACCAUAUUCACAAACGCCAUAAGCGCUUUGUACCUAACCCGAGAAAUUAUGUCUAUUGCCCACAGACCAUGAUAUAAGGUUUUUACACUCCAAUAAUUUUCAAUCUCACUGUCGACCUUUAGCAAACCUGCAUAUUAUACUAAAAGGCAAUCAACCUCUCAAGGUUGGUGGACUGCAAGACCCUUUUUUAUUAGUAUAUGGGGAUAACUUUUGAGUUAUUUGUAUGUGGGCAUAUGUAUUGGUAUGGCCAGGAAACUACCUCCUGAAGCAUUCCCUUAGUAAAAAAGAGUCGAAUGAACUCAAGCUCACAGUUCAUUGAGCCGAAUGAACUCAAGCUCACAGUUGAUCGAAAUGGAUCCCGGACAUGUCAGUGAGGAGCAAAAUCUGGGAGAACAUUCCUAGCGUCAGGAUCAUCAUAUCCGUCAUGUACUAUGGGGCCUAGUGGGGAUGCUAGACAGGGAGCUUUCGAAACCUUAGGUCCUAAUGGUUGGGCUUCCCUCUACCUCUACUCAUCCCCCUACCUUCCCUCUGGGUUGGUGAGUGGGGUUCUCAUGACUCAUCAGAACUCUACUUCCCUGAGGCUAUGAAACAGGAACAGCAGAUAGGAACAGGAUCAAUAUAUUCAUCAGUGCGAAUAAAAACUUUUAUAGACAUGAUGCCAUAUAAAAUUAUAAAAAGAGCCAACUAGUAAGAUAUAAGUAUGAAUACUUGGCUAUUAUGUAUGUAACAAACAACCAAACAUGUGCUCAAGGCUCAUUUUACUUCGCCUAAGAAUCAGAGAUUUUUAUGCCUAAAACACCAUAAAUUUUCGUCAACAAUAUAAAUAAAUACCAUUUAUAUUUGUCAAUUUCAGUAUGAAACGAUUAUUUCAACACAAAAAAGCGAUAUGAGGACAUACUUGGUCGUACUAGUGAAGCUAUACUAAAUACAAAUAAAUUUACAACGCCAUGGCAACGGCAAAACAUUGAAAUUGUCUAGAAAUGAUACAAAUACUUGCCUUGAAACUCCAGACACGACUCCCAAUGCCAGGUUGAGAUACUUGUCUUCAUACGAAGACAUUCCAUCAUUACUAGCACUAUCAGUUUGCAAAAUAAAGCCAAAAACGUCUUCAGAAUGCGAUUCAAACAAAACUACAACACAAUACAUUUCAACGCUCGUGCGUUCCCAUGCGCGAUAAUCAGGAAAAUUGCUCUAAAAGAUUUGUUUUUCUGCCUAAGCCAAUCAAAAUCCGUAUCUAGGGUAAACAAACACUCCGGAAGUGAUUCCUGCUGUCUUUUACCAGGAAACUGUAAUGCUUUACCAAUUUACCUUUCCGAUCACGAGAAUUGCCAUAAUAGGCUUAGAUUAUUUCGCAAUUUCCCGAGACUGCUCCGAGCUAUAGAAUGGAAGAUGGCGAUUCUUUUGGUAUAUUUGUUAUUAUUAUACGUGCAAAAGAAGCAAAAAGACGAGCAUUUGAAUCAGGCGGAACAUUCAAAAUGCAACUGCAAAAUUGAUAAUGUGUCAUUUGUAUAAAUUUCACCGCAUUGAUCAUUUCAAGGUAAGAAAUUCGCUUGAAAUUGAGCGAGAAACAAUAAAAUUAUAUGAAUAUUUCUGAAUAUAUAGUAUCGAUCAAGCGGAAUUUUUUGGUGGUAUUUUCGUAUGUCUACUGCAAAUACUCACGAAGUUCUUUAAUAUUUAAUCUUCCCGUCAUAUACGUCGGAAAUUAAUAUUGGCGGAUCGAAUUGAGUUAAACACUCUUUCUAACCUGUUUAGAGCCAGUGGUCUCCCUUUGUUGAGUAAGAGUGUCUGGGGUUGUACAGAGUAAAAAGAAAAAGUAGAAUGUGUUGGGGCGCAAUGCAACUUAAUGGGUUAAAAUACCCUUUUGUUAAUAUAAGAGUAUGUGCAUUACUCCUCAAAGGGCAACUGCACACAAGAUUGGUGCCAUUAAAUGUCACACACUUAAAUUAAUGUUUGUUGCUUUAUAUUUAGGCUUUAAAUGGCAUUAAAGUUUCACUUGUGAAAUCAUUGUUGCCUUAA